AUGGGUUUGAUCAGGGCGGCGGUGCAGGCCGCCCUGACGCUCUCGGCAGGAUUGCUGAGCGUCCAGGGGCAGCUGCUUGGAUUGCCCUCGCCGAUCGUCUGCCAAUAUCCCCCUGAAUGGCAGUCAUGCCACUCUCCGACAAGCAGAGACUGCUGGAUCCGAAAGCCGGGCAGACAGAGCGAAGGCCCGUCGGUGACGCAGUUUGACAUCUUGUCCGACUAUGAGGAGAUGUACCCUCCUGGAGUGACAAGGGAAUAUUGGCUUGAGGUUGGGGCCAAUUCCAAGGUUGCCCCUGACGGACAACCCAAGACAGAUGGCCAGUAUUUCAACGGCACCUAUCCCGGUCCUCUGAUUGAGGCUUGUUGGGGGGACGAAAUCGUUGUGCACGUCACAAACAGAGGAGACUCCAAAAAUGGCACGACAGUUCACUGGCACGGCAUGAGACAGCUAAACACUAACGAGAUGGACGGAGUAAACGGUAUUACGCAGUGCCCGAUCGCUCCAGGAGAUACGUUUACCUACAAGUUCCGGGCGACUCAGUACGGACAUACCUGGUAUCACAGCCACUACUCAAUGCAGUAUGCCGACGGCGUCGUCGGCCCGCUGGUGAUCCACGGCCCGUCGAGCCUCGAUUGGGACGUUGACCUUGGCCCGGUAUUGCUCACAGACUGGAUUCAUGAUAGCGCAUACAAUGGCUUCUCCACGAUGGAGAUACCGGGCAAGGCUUUUUAUGUCGACAGCAUUCUGGUCAACGGUCACGGACACUUCAACUGCAGCCCUGCCCUGUCCGACAAUGAUUGCGCUGGAUCAUACUGGGAGACAAGCUUCGUUCCCGGCAAGAAGCACCGCAUGCAGCUCGUGAACACGGGGUUCAACUAUCCCAUCAUCUUUUCCAUCGACCAACACAACCUAACCGUCAUAGCUAACGAUCUGGUUGCGAUCGAGCCCUUUACCGUACCGUCACUGACGAUCAGCCCGGGUCAGCGCUAUACCAUUGUGGUCGAAGCGAAGCAGGAAUUGGACGACGACGCGAACUAUUGGAUCCGUACCGGCACCGAAUGCGGCGGUUGGAAUGCAGCGGUCACUGACAACAGGACGGCUAUCAUACACUACGACGGAGCCGUGCAGAAACUUCCGACGGUGGACCAUCCGAUGCCAUUCAACGCCACCUGCCUGGACGUGCCCGCUCGCCUGUUGCGCCCCAAAGUUCCGUGGCGGGUUGACGAGCACCCAAGGAGCAUCCUCAACUACACUGCAACCAAGCAAACGAACGCAAGUCACAGUCUUGGCCCGCCCUGGUACAAGCACUGGACUCUGGGCAAGCAGCCCAUGUGGCUCGACUUCAGCAAGCCGACCAUCCUUGACCCGGACACUUCACUUCGCAACGUCAACUACACCGCUACUGAAGAGAACUAUGGUACCGGUUUUAUUUACUUGAUCAUUGACGCCAAUCCGCUUCUCCCAUCAAACCACCCAUUGCACCUUCAUGGGAGCGACUUCGCGGUGCUAGCGCAAGAGACUGUACCGUGGGACCCGGCGACGGGGCCCAGCUUGUUCAAGUACGACAACCCGCCUCGGCGCGACACGGUAAUGCUACCGCACACAGGCUUCGUGGCGCUAGCCUUCCGGCCGAGCAACCCAGGUGCCUGGUUGUUGCACUGCCAUAUCUCGUCACACGCAAGCUCUGGGCUGGCAGCACAGAUCCUGAUCCGACACGGCGUCGACGCCGUGGACACGGGUCGGGGCGAUCUGGACGGUGUGAGAGCGGGUUGUAGGGCGUGGUCUGAAUCGUCUCUAUCCAAGACGGUCGUGCAGGAGGAUUCCGGUAUCUAA